AUGGCUCUGCCCGGCCACCUGCUGCCUGCCCUGGCCCUGCUCCUGGCAGGGUCCGCAGCCUGGACCCGGGCCCCCGACCACUGCGGGACCCCCAGCCACACUUUGUGCGACUUCGUGUGUGACUGCAGGGCCUGCUCUGACGAGACCCAGUGCGGCCACGGGGGGGCCUCUCCCGCCCCAGGGGCCCCCUUCACCUGCGACUUCGAGCAGGACCCCUGUGGCUGGCAGGACAUCAGCACCUCGCGCUAUGGCUGGCGCCGGGGCCGGGCGGGGGCCGCGCUGGAGAGCGCCGGACCGCGCUCCGACCACACUCUGGGCACCGACCUGGGCUGGUACAUGGCCGUCGGCACCCACCAUGGGAAAGAGGCGUCGGUCGCUGCCCUGCGCUCCCCCGUCCUCCACGAGGCGGCCUCUACCUGUGAGCUGAGGCUCUGGUACCACGCAGCCGCCGGAGAUGCGGCUGAGCUGCGGCUGGAGCUGACCCACGGCACGGAGACGCUGGCCCUGUGGCAGAGCUCAGGGCCCUGGGGCCCAGGCUGGCAGGAGCUGGUGGUGGCCCCCGGCCGUGUCCGGGGUGACUUCCAGGUGACCUUCUCUGCCACCCGGAACGCCACCCACAGGGGCGCGGUCGCCUUGGACGACGUGGCCUUCCGGGGCUGCGGGCUGCCCGCCCCCCAGGCUCGCUGCCCCCAGGGGGCCCACCGCUGCGGGAACGGGGCCUGUGUGGAGCCCCGCCAGCUCUGCGACGGGGAGGACCACUGCGGGGACGGCUCGGACGAGGGCGCGGCCGCGUGCGGCCACCACGUAUCUGCCGACUUUGAGGGGGGCCUGGGCCUGUGGAACUGCUCGGAGGGCUGGACCCGCAACCACAGCGCCCGCGUCCCCCUGCGCCCCUCCUGGCCGCGCCGAGACCACAGCCGGAACAGCGCCCGGGGCUACUUCCUGGUCUCCGUCGCGGGGCCGGGCGCCCCUGCCGUCCUCUACAGCCCCGAGCUCCAGGCCUUGGGCCCCCACGGCUGCUCGCUCACCUUCUAUCACUACCUGCACGGGUCCGAGGCCAGCCUCCUCCAGCUGCACCUGCAGGCUCAGGGCCCCGGCACCCCCAGGGUCCCCGUCCUGCUGCGCAGGCGCCACGGGGAGCUGGGGGCCGCCUGGGUUCGAGACCGGGUGGACAUCCAGAGCGAGCACCCCUUCCGGAUCCUCCUGGCCGGGCAGACGGGUCCCGGGGGCGUCGUGGGCCUGGACGACCUCAUCCUGUCUGACGGCUGCAAACCAGCCCUGGGUGAGCCUGCUGAGCCCCCUCCUCCCCGGGCAAGCGCCCCGCCUGGCCUGCCGCCCCAGAGUUCCUGUGAGCCGGGCCACCUCUCCUGCGGCGACCUGUGUGUCCCCCCGGAGCAGCUGUGCGACUUCCAGCAGCAGUGUGCCGAGGGCCAGGACGAGCGGGGCUGCGGCACCGCGGACUUCGAGCACCCGGCGGCCGGGGGCUGGGAGGACGCCAGCGUGGGGCGGCUGCAGUGGGGUCGUGUCCGGGCCCAGGAGCACGGGGGCCCCGGCGCGGAUGCCGGCCGGGCUGCCGCUGGGCACUUCCUGUCCCUGCAGAGGGCCUGGGGGCAGCUCACCCCGGAGGCCCGGGCCCUCACGCCCCCGCUGGGCCCCUCGGGCCCGCACUGCGCGCUCCACAUGGUUUACUACUUUCGGAGUAACGCCCAAGAGGUCUCCUGUAACUUCGAGCGGGACAUGUGCGGCUGGCACACAGGCCACCUCGCAGACGCCCACUGGCGCCGGCUGCAGAGCCGUGGCCCCGCGUACGACCACACCACAGGCAAAGGCUACUUCCUGCUCCUGGACCCCACGAACCCCCUGGCGCGAGGCCCUGGGGCCCACGUCCUCACCCGGCCCCAGACACCGGCAGCCCCUCGGGAGUGUCUCUCUUUCUGGUACCACCUCCACGGGCCCCAGAUUGGGACGCUGCGCCUGGUCGUGAGACGGGAUGGGGAGGCAGACGCGCAGCUGUGGUCCCAGUCGGGCACGCAAGGCAACCGUUGGCACCAGGCCUGGGCUACGCUCCACCACCGGGCGGACUCUGGUGCUAAGUACCAACUGCUGUUCGAGGGCCUCCGGGACGGGUUCCACGGCACCAUGGCGCUGGACGACGUGGCUGUGCGGCCUGGGCCCUGCUGGGCCCCUGAGCGCUGCUCCUUCGAGGACUCGGCCUGCGGCUUCUCCAUGGGGGGCCUCUGGACUCGCCAGACCAACGCCACGGGCCUUGCCGCCUCUGGCCCGGCCACCGACCACACCACGGAGACAGCUCAGGGGCACUACAUGAUAGUGGACACGAGCCCACAGGUCUUGCCCCGCGGCCACGUGGCCUCCCUGACCUCAGAGGAGCACAGGCCCCUGACCCAAUCCGCCUGCCUGACCUUUUGGUACCACCUGAGCCUCCGCAACCCAGGUACCCUGCAGGUCCACGUGGAGGAGGCCGAGAGGCGACAGGUGCUCAGCCUCAGCGAGCACGGAGGGCUUGCCUGGCGCCUGGGCAGCGUGGAUGUGCAGGCCCAGCGGGCCUGGAGGGUGGUGUUUGAGGCCGUGGCCGCCGGCGUGGAGCGCUCCUACGUCGCGCUGGAUGACCUGCUCCUGCAGGAUGGGCCCUGCCCUCGGCCAGCUUCCUGUGACUUUGAGACCGGACUGUGUGGCUGGAGCCAGCUGCCGCGGCCCAGCCUGGGCGGGUACCGCUGGGACUGGAGCAGCGGAAACACACCCUCCCGAUACCUGCAGCCCCCCGUGGACCACACCCUGGGCACCGAUGUGGGCCACUUUGCUCUCUUUGAAACCGGUGUGCUGGGCCCAGGGGGCCGGGCAGCCUGGCUGCGCAGCCAGCCCCUGCCCGCCACCGAGGCCUCCUGCCUCCGCUUCUGGUACUACAUGGGCUUUCCCCAGCACUUCUACGAGGGCGAGCUGAGGGUGCUCCAGCACAGCGCCCGAGGCCAGCUGGCCCUGUGGGGCACGGGCGGGCGCCUGCGGCAGCAGUGGCUAGAAGCCCGGGUGGAGGUGGCCAGUGCUGAGGAGUUCCAGAUCGUGUUUGAAGCCACUCUGAGCGGCCAGCCAGCCCUGGGGCCCGUCGCCCUGGACGACGUGGAGUAUCUGGCCGGGCAGCGUUGCCAGCCGCCUGCACCCAGCCAGGGGGACGUGGCUGCAGCCGUGGAGGUGGCGGCCGCGGUGGGCGGCACCCUCUUCGCCAUGCUCCUGGCUCUGCUUGGACUUGCGGGGUGGCACUGGCUGCAGAGGAGGGGGCGCUGCCCCUUCCGGGGCAGGACAGCGGCCCUGGGCCCCGGCCCGGCCCCAGGCUUUGACAACGUUCUCUUCAGUGCGGACCAAGUCGCCCUGCCAGCCUUGGUCACCAACAACCCGUAG